GGGACGAUCGCAGCCCGCACACCCACCGGGUGGAGGAGAAGGGGGCCAGCGGCCUCGGCUGGGGCUGCCACCCAGGGGAUUGCCCCUCUUUGAAUCAGUGGGUCCCCUCUGCCCCCACCCCUUUCCCUGUGCUUCUUAAAGGGAUCUCACCGUUUUUCCUUGGAUUUCAUGGAAGCCAGACUUGGGACGUUUUGUGGGGACUUGGAGUCUUUCCUUCCUGUUUCCUCUGCAAGAGGCAGCCUUCCUUCCUGGGGCUGACUGAGGAGGCUCCCAGGCAUGGCACUGCCCAGUGUCCCCAGUGCUGACCUGGCUCUUGGGCUCUUUCAGCCUCUGCUGGCAUCUUGCUUCCCCCCUCCUGGGGCAUGGUGGUGAGUCUGGGGGCCCAGCCCUGAGGGUGCCUGGAGAGUGUCACCCCCUGCACCCAAGCUGGAGGACGGGGAGGGUGUUGGGGGCGAGGAUGAGAUGAGCGGGGGCCGCUUCGACUUUGAUGAUGGCGGGGCGUACUGUGGGGGCUGGGAGGGGGGGAAGGCCCACGGGCAUGGACUGUGCACUGGCCCCAAGGGCCAGGGCGAAUACUCAGGCUCCUGGAACUUUGGCUUCGAAGUGGCCGGCGUCUACACCUGGCCCAGUGGAAAUACCUUCGAGGGAUACUGGAGCCAGGGCAAGCGGCAUGGGCUGGGCAUAGAGACCAAGGGGCGCUGGCUCUACAAGGGUGAGUGGACACAUGGCUUCAAGGGGCGAUACGGAACCCGGCAGAGCACCAGCAGCGGCGCCAAGUACGAGGGCACUUGGAACAAUGGCCUGCAGGAUGGCUACGGCACUGAGACCUAUGCAGAUGGAGGGACUUACCAAGGCCAGUUUACCAACGGCAUGCGCCAUGGCUAUGGGGUGCGUCAGAGCGUGCCCUACGGGAUGGCCGUGGUGGUGCGCUCGCCGCUGCGCACGUCGCUGUCAUCUCUGCGCAGCGAGCACAGCAAUGGCACAGUGGCCCCGGACUCGCCCACCUCACCAGAGAGCCGAAACUUCCUUCCCACCAGAUCUGGGAGGAGGCUACAAGCUCAGCAACCCAGUGUCAAGUGGGAACCCACAGGGCUUUCUGUGGCCAUGCUGAAGCUGGCCAAGGGCGUGGGCCCCAGGGGCUCUGACCCAUGGGUAGAGGGGGGUGGAAAGGUCUCUGCCACCGACAGGCCGAGGAUCUGGGGCAAGUCCCUGCCCUCUGCAGGGAGCCAUUUCCUGGAGAACUGA